GGCUUCGGGGGGGGGGCUCUCUUUUUUCUCCCAUCGCCCCGUCUUUCUCUCCCAUCACCUUCCUAACGGGAGGAGCGUUUGGAGGUGGAAAGCUACUGCAUCCAGACAGCGCGGCGACAGGGAGCCAGGGGAGAAAGAAGAUCCACCGCGCCUCAUCGAGUUGUCUUCCCCUCACCUCGUCCGAGAUGAGGCUUCCCAGACCCCUCUUUUCAAUGCGGCCUCGCCUGCUAAGUUAUACCCUGGGCAUCCUCUUCAUCCUUGAGAUCGGACUCUAUGCUUUUCCUUCAGAUUCUGGGAUAUUUCUCAUCUAUAACAGUGGUCUGCAGAGUUGCUUGGAAACAAAGGACACUUUGGUGAAAAUUUCUAAGAUCUGUAAUGCAAGUCUUCCUGCUCAGAAGUGGAAAUGGGUUUCCAGGAACCGGCUUUUCAACAUUGGAAAUAUGCAGUGCUUGGGAGUUUCCUGGAAGUCUGCAAACAGCAGUGCCACUACCCAUGCAUUAGCCACUUAUGAAUGUGACCGUGAAUCUGUCAACAUGCGGUGGAACUGUCGGAGUCUAGGGGACCAGCUUUCCCAGUAUUUGAGCUCGAGGUUGGGGAACUGGUCACUGACACCAGCUGAGAGAGGUGACCAGGCUCAUGGAGGACAAUGGAAGAUCUAUGGCCAUGAUGAAGAUUUGUGCUCUAGGCCAUACUCUGAAAUUUACACUAUUCAAGGCAACUCUCAUGGAAAACCCUGCACCAUCCCCUUCAAGUACGAUAGUCAGUGGUUUCAUGAUUGUACAAGUAUGGGACGUGGAGAUGGCCAUCUCUGGUGUGCCACCACACAGGAUUAUGGCAAAGAUGAGCGAUGGGGAUUCUGCCCUGUUAAGAGACUGCUGACAGGAUAUGGUUCCACACUCUGGAUUGGGCUUAAUGAUUUGGACCUCAAUGGGGGCUGGCAAUGGUCUGACAAUUCCCCCUUGAAGUUCCUUAAUUGGGAAAAUGAUCAACCUGAUAAUCCCAAUGAAGAAAAUUGCGGGGUGAUACGGACAGAGUCCUCAGGAGGAUGGCAGAAUCGGGAUUGCAGCAUUGCUUUGCCAUAUAUCUGUAAGAAGAAACCAAAUGCCACUUCUAAUACAUACUUCACAGAAUCUGAAGUGAAGAUUGAUUGUGAUCCCAGCUGGCAGCCAUUCCAAUCUAACUGCUAUCGUUUGAUAAGUGAAAAGAAAACUUGGAUAGAUGCCAAAAAGACUUGCUUGCGCAGUGAAGGGGAUUUGGUGAGCAUCCAUACUCUAUCUGAACUGGAGUUUGUCUCCAAGCAAAUCAAGCAAGAUGUUGAAGAACUUUGGAUUGGUCUGAAUGAUCUUCGACUACAGAUGAAUUUUGAGUGGUCAGAUGGCACACCAGUGCAAUUUACAUUCUGGCAUCCUUUUGAGCCCAAUAAUUUCCGAGAUAGCCUUGAAGAUUGUGUGACUAUCUGGGGACCGGAAGGAAGAUGGAAUGACAGUCCUUGCAAUCAGACAUUGCCUUCUGUCUGUAAGAAAAGAGGUCGAGUAAGUCAGGGGAAAGAGGAGGAUCAUGGCUGUAGAAAGGGUUGGAAAUGGCACAGUCCAUCAUGCUAUUGGCUGGGGGAUGACCAUGUGAUAUACAACGAAGCUCGAAAAAUGUGCAUGGAUUUUGGCUCUGCCCUGGUUACCAUUACCAACAGGUUUGAGCAGGCCUACGUGAGCAGCCUCAUCUAUGGCUGGGAGGAUGAAUAUUUCUGGACUGCAUUACAAGACAUAAAUGAAACUGGUUCUUUCCUUUGGUUGAGUGGAGAUGAAGUCACUUACACUCACUGGAACCGCAACCAACCUGGUUAUAACAAAGGUGGCUGUGUUGCUUUGGCCACAGGAAGUGCCAUGGGCCUGUGGGAAGUAAAGAACUGCACUACAUUCAAGGCCAAGUAUAUCUGCAGACAGAAUCUGGGGACACCAGUUAAUCCUGAACUUCCUUCACCACAUCCUACACCCAGUCUCACUGGCUCUUGUCCUUCAGGUUGGACCACUACCUCCAAGCUGAGAUAUUGCUAUAAAGUAUUCAGCUAUGAUAAGCUUCAGGAAAAGAAAAAUUGGAUCACAGCACAUUUGUUCUGUCAGGAAUUAAAAGCACAGCUCUUGAGCUUGAGUGAUUAUGAGGAGGAACAUUUUGUAGCCAAUACCCUCAACAAGAUUUUUGGGGAGUUGGAACCUGACAUUCAUGAACAACAUUGGUUCUGGAUUGGCUUGAAUCGCCGUAGUCCUAGAGCUGAGGGAAGCUGGAGCUGGAGUGAUGGUGUUGGAUUUUCUUAUCACAACUUUGACCGCAGUAAUCAUGAUAAUGAUGACAUCCGUAACUGUGUGGCCCUGGACUUGGCAUCUUUGCAGUGGGUGCCUCUGCAGUGUGAAAUUAAACUGGACUGGAUCUGCAAAUUGCCCAAAGGAAUUGAGGUAACAGAACCAGAAACAACCAUCCAAGGGAGUAAUGAGUGGUUAAAGUUUCAGGAUGCUGAAUACAAGUUCUUUGAUCACCAUUCAACUUGGGUGCAGGCUCAACGGAUUUGCACAUGGUUUCAAGCUGAGUUGGUAUCAAUUCAUAGCCAAACUGAAUUGGAUUUUCUGGGCCAAAACUUGAAGAAGUUUUCAAGAGGUCAGGAGGAACAUUGGUGGAUUGGAUUAAACACCUAUGAGAACGAUGGACGGUUUCGGUGGUGUGAUGGUUCUCUGUUGAAUUUCAUCUCAUGGGCACCUGGUAAACCACGGCUUCUCAACAAAGAAAAGAAGUGUGUGUACAUGACAGCUAGCCGAGAGGAUUGGGGUGACCAGAAAUGCCUCACUGCUCUGCCUUAUAUUUGCAAGCGUACCAACAUCACUACUGUGCAGCCCUCCUUGCCAUCGCUAUCUGUACCAACUCCUGGCAGCUGUGCCCAAGACUGGCAUGCCUUCAUUAAUAAGUGCUUUAAGAUCUAUAAUCAAGAAAAAGUGACUUGGCUGGAGGCAAAGCGAAAAUGUGAAAUUCAGGGAGGUAUAUUGGCUACUAUCUCCAACCACCUUGAGCAAGCUUUUAUAACAACUCUUCUCCCAAAUGUAACCUUUGAUAUAUGGAUUGGCCUCCAUGAUUCCAAGAAGGAAUUUCUCUGGGUAGAAUCUGAGACUGUCAAGUAUGUGAACUGGGCCCCUGGAGAACCAUCUGGAUAUGGAACAUCCAUUACUAGUGAUCAGCCGACCAACUGUGCUGUAAUGUGGCAUGGCCUCCCUUCCCUGUUUACAGGCCGUUGGGAUGAUAGGAAUUGCCAAGAGGAGAAACAUAUUUUUAUAUGCCAGAGAAGCAAAGACCCUACUAUAAAUCCUUCUUCAACAUCCUUCUCUUCUGUUCUCAACUCUACUUUUUCAUAUCUUAACAACACUUACCGUGUCUUGAUGAAGCCGCUCAAAUGGCACGAAGCUGUGUUAUUAUGUGAGAGUCUCAAUGGAAGUCUAGCAAAUGUAAUGGAACCAUUCACCCAGGCCUUCCUCACUCAGGCUGUCAACAGCUUACAUACUCCACUCUGGAUUGGCUUGUCCAAUGAAGAGGGGAGACGUAACUAUGAAUGGUUUACAGAUGAGAGCGUCUCCUACACAAACUGGCAAGAUGGAGAACCGCAACAAAUUGUAGGGUGUGCAUACAUGGACAUAGAUGGAACAUGGCGAACUGCCACUUGCAAUACAAAGCUUCAAGGGGCCAUCUGCAAGUUGAACACAGGACCCCUUUCUUCACACAAGUGGAGCUACAAUGGAAGUUGUCCUAAAACAAUAGAAGAUUCCUCCUGGGUUCCUUUCCAAAACCAUUGCUAUGCUUUCCACAUGGAAGUUAUUCUAGGUCAGAAAGAAGCUGUGAAGAAAUGCCAGAAAGUUGGAGGUAUGGUGCUGUCCAUUGAAGAUGAAAUGGAGAAUAUAUUUAUUUGGCAACAUCUACAAGUUUAUGAGAGCCAAGCCAAAGGAGUAUGGCUGGGGAUGUCCUUUAAUCCCAAAGGGGGCACACUUGUUUGGCAUGACAACACAGCUGUAAACUAUUCUAACUGGGGACAACAUGAUACAGGACCAAGCAUGAUCAGCCCAAAUAGCUGCUAUUGGAUCCAGAGCAGCAAUGGCGUCUGGCGAUUGGGCUCUUGUUCAAAUGUAACCAUGGGAGUCAUCUGUAAGACAACUCGAGUGAAAGGAACCUCCAUCUCCAAAUCAGCUUUCCUGGAAAACACAAAAACCAUUGUUGUAGUCAUCCUUUCCUCUCUAGCACUCUGUGCACUGGUAGCUGUGGCCCUCUAUCUGUAUAAGCGACGGUGGAUUUCAGAACGAGGGACAUUUGAGAGUGCUCGCUAUAGCCGCACCAACGCUAGUCCUAGUGAAUCUGCUGAGAAGAACAUCCUGGUAUCUGAUAUGGAGAUGAAUGAACAACAAGACUAAUGGUGAAUCUCUCAAGUGUGGGAAUGGGGGUAGGGAUGGAGGGUGGUGGGAGAACAGGUAUGGGACGGUCACAAGUACCUGUCAUGAAUAGUCUCAAAAAAAAA